AUGACCACUUCUCAAUCUCUCACAUUUCUCGGCCUCGGGAACAUGGGUUCCGCCCUUGUACAAGCUCUUCUGAAGGCUUCUCACAAAGUGACGAUCUGGAACCGCACGACAGCCCGACCUCAGGUCAGAGUCGCCGUUGAGGCGGGAGCUAUCCUCGAAGCGGAUGUCCAGAAUGCUAUCUCCAGGAACAACAUCAUUGCCAUCUGUCUCCUCGACUACUCCAGCAUCAAAAAUGUAUUGGCUGACAUUCCGACCUCUGCCUUCGAGGGAAAGACCAUUGUCAACCUGACCAACGGUACCCCGAAACAAGCACGGGAGAUGGCAAACUGGGCCGCCUCCCACUCUGUCAAACAAUACUUCGACGGAGCGGUCAUGGUAACGCCUCAAAUGAUCGGAGGGCCCCAGUCAUUCUUUGUCGUCAGUGGAGAAACCCCCGAAGCAUUCAAGCCCAUCGCCUCAUUCCUUGAACCCCUCGGAAGGCCGGAGUAUCUCGGCACAGCCAUAGAUGCUGCUGCUCGAUACGACCUUGCUGCUCUGUCGUCCAUGUAUGGCAUGUUUAGCGGAAUGUUCGUCGCUAUGGGACUUCUCAAAAAGGGACAUGCGAUAGUCGACGAGAAGCUUGAACCUGUUGUGUCAGGCAGCCUGAACCCGUUCCUAGGCGCAUUGAUAUCGUAUAAUGGACUUAUUGCUCGGUGCUGGGAUGACAAGGCGUGGGAUGAUAACCUGGGGAAUCCAAUUGGAAUGCAAGCACAGGCUUUAAGGAAUAUUCUGGAGGCUUGUCGUGAUGAUGGGAUGGAUGAUGGGUUUCUGAAGAACUUGACGACGGCGAUGGAGGGAGUGGUGAAGGACAGAGGAGAGAAUGGCGGGAUUGCCGUAAUUGGAGAGUAUCUCUUGAACGGACGGUUAACAAAUGAGUAA